AUCUGUCUCUCUCUCUCUUUGACCGACAGGAACAGAAGCAUGGCGGCGGUGGAGACACGGGAGUGCGAGACAGAAGGCUGCUGCAGCGAAGCCAAACUCCAGUGUCCCACCUGCAUAAAACUCGGCAUUCAAGGCUCAUACUUCUGCUCUCAGGAAUGUUUCAAAGGCAGCUGGGUCACCCACAAACUGCUCCACAAAAAAGCAAAGGUGGACAAGACAAAAGAUGAGGAAAAGAACUGUGUAGAGAAAGAAAUCAACACAGACCCGUGGCCUGGGUAUAGAUACACUGGUAAACUGCGUCCCCAUUAUCCACUGACACCAAUGCGACUUGUUCCUAGCAACAUUCAGAGGCCAGACUAUGCAGAUCAUCCUUUGGGGAUGUCUGAGUCAGAACAGACCAUGAAAGGGACAUCUCAGAUUAAGAUCCUCAACGCUGAAGAAAUUGAGGGGAUGAGAGUUGUCUGCAAGCUGGCUCGAGAAGUACUUGACAUUGCUGCAAUGAUGGUGAAGCCUGGAGUGACAACAGAGGAGAUCGACCAUGCGGUGCAUUUGGCGUGUACAGCUAGGACUUGCUACCCGUCACCUCUGAACUACUACAACUUCCCCAAGUCCUGCUGCACCUCCGUGAAUGAAAUCAUCUGUCACGGAAUACCUGACCGACGUCCCCUGCAGGAAGGGGACAUACUUAACAUUGACAUAACAGUUUACCACAAUGGUUACCAUGGAGAUCUGAAUGAAACCUUUUUUGUGGGUGAGGUGGAUGAGGGAGCCAAGAGAUUGGUUCAGACCACUUAUGAAUGUCUUAUGCAAGCCAUCGACUCUGUGAAGCCUGGUAUUCGGUAUCGUGAGCUUGGAAACAUCAUCCAGAAACAUGCACAGGCUAACGGAUUCUCUGUGGUACGGAGUUACUGUGGCCAUGGCAUUCACAAACUGUUCCACACUGCUCCCAACGUACCACAUUAUGCCAAGAACAAAGCAGUAGGGGUGAUGAAGCCUGGCCAUGUGUUUACUAUUGAGCCCAUGAUCUGUGAAGGUGGCUGGCAGGACGAAACAUGGCCGGAUGGUUGGACCGCAGUCACUCGUGAUGGCAAACGCUCGGCCCAGUUUGAGCACACACUCCUUGUGACAGAGACCGGCUGUGAAAUUCUCACACGUCGCCUCGAGGAAAAUGGACGUGCUCACUUCCUUUCCCAAAUGGGCUUUCUGAUCCCUCCCAAUGCAAUCCUCCUUGGUCAAGUCUGAAAAACAGCUGCAGGCAUUGUGUCAUUGAUGCUCUCUGUCUGAUGCAUCUCAUGAAAUCAAUUUCAGUGUGUCAGUAUUCAAGCGGAAUAAAAGUAUAUUUUCUCCUUUA